GGUGCGACAGGGGGCGCUGUGGGCGGUUACGCCAGCGGGCAGUCGGAGCAGGGGCAUCGGACGAGAUGGCGGUGUUGGUGACUGCGCUGCUGUUGCUGUGUGUCAGUGUGGGCGCAGCUGUGGCCAAGCCUUUCUCAGGCCAGCAACAAUGUGCUAAAGGCCCCCCAUUUUGGUGUCAUGAUGUAAAAACUGCAUCCGAGUGUGGAGCUGUGAAACACUGUCAGCAGAAUGUUUGGAGACAACCAACUGUGAAAUCUGUCCCUUGUGAUCUGUGCAAAGAAGUUAUGUCCGUGGUGGGAAAUCUUCUGAAGGACAAUACCACAGAGGCGGAGGUGAGAAGUUAUUUGAACAAAGCCUGUGAGCUGCUUCCUGAUCCAACCACGAAAGCAGAAUGCAACGAAUUGAUAGAUGACUAUCUACCAAUUAUCCUGGAUAUUCUCAAUGAAGAGCUGGAAAAUCCCGAGGUCGUGUGCAGCGCUUUGCACUUGUGCCAAACCCUCCAAGAAGCAUUGAACAGAAAAGAUAUUAUCUCCAAUGAAAUACCGGAGGUAGACUUGUCCAAAUCAGUCUCCCCUUUCAUCGCAAAUGUUCCACUUCUUCUUUAUCCAGAGCAGACUGUCAUGCCCAAGAGCACUGACGAUGCCUGUCGGGAUUGCAAUCAGUUCAUCACAAAUAUUCAGCUUGCUAUGAAGGUGAAUGAUGGAUUCCUGAAUGAAUUCAUUUCUCAGUUGAAGAAACAGUGUAACGUUGGGGCCGGUCUAACAGAGCUGUGUGAGAAGUACAUCGUCCUGCACGGACCACAAGUGGCUGAGGUGUUAACGCAGCGAAGUGCAGAAGAGAUUUGUGCUGUAAACGGAUUCUGCCAGCAAGCAGCCAGCAUGCCAAUGCUGCUCCUUCAGAAACCCAUCGUUCAAACUGUGAAGAAGGAGCCGGUGGAGGAAACAGAGUCGCAGGGAUGUGUGAUGUGUGAGUUUGCCAUGAAGGAGAUCAGCACGCUUCUGCAGAAGAAUACAACUGAGGAGGCGAUCACUGAAGCUCUGAUCAAAGUCUGCUCUAUUCUGCCGGCCACAGUUAAAAGUGAAUGUCAAGACUUUGUUGACCAGUAUGGGAAAGCUGUGAUUGAACUCCUUUCCCAGGAGAUGGACCCUGAGUUUGUAUGCACCAUGAUCGGCCUGUGCAAGAAGCCGAAAAGGGUGGCCGCGGACAUAAGCAGACCAAAGCAGCAGCAGGCAGGUGCUUUAUGUGAAGUCUGUGAGACGAUGGUAAGAUAUUUGGAUGAUUUACUGGAGAAGAACUCCACCGAGGUAAAGAUCUUGGCUGCUCUUGAGAAGGUGUGUUCCAUGCUCCCGGAUACCAUGCGAGAUGAGUGCGACCAGCUGGUCUCUCAGUAUGAACCCGUGUUACUUCAAGUCCUGUUGGAUAACCUGGAACCAACAUUGGUUUGCACUAAUAUUGGGGUUUGCGAUGGAUCAAGGAAAAGUCUCUUGGGAGCAGAGAAGUGUGUGUGGGGCCCUUCAUACUGGUGUGCAAACAUGGACACUGCAACCCAGUGCAACGCGGUUGAACAUUGCAAGCGUCACAUCUGGAACUGAAGGGGAUCACAUCCCGGAUGAAAAGUAAUGGUUUUAAGUGUAGUUUGCAUUCUAACCUCCAGCUUUGUGUAGAAAUGUCUGUUGUAAGCAGCUAUGAAUGUUCCAUAAUCCACGUAUAUCUCGGCCCUGUGGUUAUUGAUUAUGCUCCAUGAUGUCUGUCUAAUUUUGAACCUAACUAUGAUGUGAUGCACUGCAGGAAAUUAACGAUGAAAGAUAGCUGCAAAUCUGGGCUUUGUUAACAGGAAGGAGCUGCAGCUAAGGUUAGCCUUCAUGUGUGAGAAUUAAUGUAUAGAUUUUUAGUGUUCAAGUGAUUUUACUAAUGAAGUAAUAACUGGGUUAUGCUUCUCUUAAUGUACAAGCAUCGUGGUCAGAAUGACUAAACUGUGCUGAUCUGUUCAAUCAUUAGUUUGUUGUAAAAUAUUUGAUAAAUAUGUACAAAUUGGUUGGUCAAUAAAGUCUGUGUUAAGUCUC